AUGGAAGGUGUUCGUUAUUAUGGUGGUGGCUUUCCUAAUAAUAAUCAUGUGAAUUUACAAAAACAUUCUCUUGUCCCUCCUCCAUUGACAGCCAUUGGUAGAUUCUUGCAAGGUCAAAGGCCUAGCCAAGAAAGUUUUUCUCAUGAUCAAAAUUUUGAGAAGAACAAAGGAAGAACAUUAUUCAUUCCUUCAAAUGUUGACUAUGGAUCGUCCUCGUCGUUUAAUGGAGAUAUCGGUGGUGGCGGCGUGUAUGAUGAUGUUUCAUUAGUACAACGUUUUCCCAUGGAAAAUAUCUAUGCUAAUGGUCAUGGUAUCGUGUCAAAAAGUUAUCAAAACCAAGAACUUGAAAAUGAAGUGAUUAAUAAACCUUGUAACACCAUGAAGAAGACGAAAAGUGGUUUUCGUAAGAAUUUGAUCAAGGGACAAUGGACUAGUGAAGAAGACAGGAAACUUCUUAGGCUGGUGAAAAAACAUGGAGAUCGAAAAUGGUCACGUAUUGCUGAGCAGAUGGAUGGGAGAGCCGGAAAACAGUGUCGUGAGAGAUGGCAUAAUCAUUUGCGUCCAGAUAUAAAGAAAGAUACAUGGGAUGAGGAUGAGGAAAGAAUGAUGGUUGAGGCUCAUCGAAAAGUAGGAAACAAAUGGGCCGAAAUCGCUAAGUUAAUCCCAGGGAGAACCGAGAACGCGAUUAAGAACCAUUGGAAUGCUACAAAAAGGAGACAUAACGCUCGUCGUAAGAAUAAGAAAAACGAUACAAAAAACAAAAAGUUACGCUCUUCUGUUUUACAAGACUACAUUAGAACCAAGGUUAGUGAUCAUAUUGAGAAUGUUGCUCCCACGACGAGCAGCGUGAUCAAUGCAACUCCUAGCAGUCCUACUAUGAUCUCCUACGGUGAUAAUGCACCGAUUAAACUCAACACUUUCUUUCCCGAGCAACCGAGUAAUUUUAACUGUGAUUAUUACUCUCCAUCUUUAGACAUCACUCAAUCACAUGACGACGAGUUAAGGUUCAUGAAAAGUUUUUUUGGUGAAAGAAAACACAUUCGACAAGAUUCAUCAAAAGCCACCUCCACCGAGUCACAAUAUUUGUUUCAAUCAUCUUCAUUACUUUCCAAUGAGUCAGUAGUCCACAACAUAGAUUCAAGAUCCUAUUUUGGUUUUCAUAGUAACUCACCAUACGAAUUUGCUAAUUCAUCUUCAUCGAUAUCAAAUGAGUCCUCAUCGGUUCACAUCAAUCUGAAUUCAUCUCUAGAGUUUAGUCCACUAGGGUUUACUGUUACUAAUCCAUUAUAUAGACUUGGUUCAUCUUCAUCAUCAAUUUCUCAUGAUGAGUACUAUUCAAAUAUAUACUUGAAACUAGAGAAUUCAUCAAGAACCCAACUCACUCAAGAUGGUUACGUUUCUUAUCUCCCCAAAGGAGCUACCACGUUGUCUCGUUCUAUCGAUUAUGGGGACAGAAAUAGUGAUCACUUAGUGUUUGGUGCUGAACCAAGUUCCGCCAGUUUUGGUUGUUCAUCAAAUAAUGGGCAGAAAGAAAUGGAUUUGGUGGAAAUGUGGUUAUCUUCUCAGAUUUCUCAAGGUAGCAACUUCAUGAUAUAA